AAGAAAUUAAACGUAAGUCUUAAGAUAAAUUAGUAUAAAAAAUUGAACAGUUUAGUCGGAAUUAAUUUCUAAAAAUCAGUCGCGAUCAUCGAUGGGGGUUUCUACUCAGCAGGCAGCAAGCUGUGAGCUGGAACCAUGGCGAGACCUCAGAGGGACGAUCGUCAUGGUAACCGGUGCAUCCUCCGGCAUAGGAUGGGAAAUCUGUAUCGACUUAGCCAAAGCCGGUUGCAGGAUUAUUGCUGCCGCCCGCCGAACAGACCGGCUCAAGGCUCUGUGCGAUGCAAUUAACAAUUUGAAUAUCGCUGGUACUCAUCGGAGUCAAGGCAGGGACAACGACGUCCAAGCGGUGGCGGUGGAGCUCGACGUCAGCGCCGACGGUCCUACCAUCAAAGCCUCUGUGCUAAAGGCUUGGGAUGCUUUUGGCCGUAUCGAUGCCCUUAUCAAUAACGCCGGUAUCAGAGGUCCUGUAAGAAAUCCCUUAAACUUGUCAGAAGAAGAGUGGGAUACAACUUUUAGAACAAAUUUAACAGGAUCUUGGUUGGUGUCAAAGUAUGUUGGUCUACAAAUGGUUGCUAAUAAUCAAGGAGGAUCCAUAAUCAACAUCUCUUCUACUGCUGGUCUUACACGUGGUCAUCUACCUGGUGGUCUUGCAUAUGCUUCUUCCAAAUCUGCCCUUAACACCAUGACAAAGGUAAUGGCAAUGGAAUUGGGAAGCCACAAAAUAAGGGUAAACUCCAUAUCUCCAGGGAUUUUCAAAUCAGAGAUUACAGAGCAACUUCUGCAAAAGAAAUGGCUCAAAAAUGUGGUUUCAAAAACAAUGCCAUUGAGAGAAUUGGGCGUUACUGACCCAGGUUUGACUUCCUUGGUCAAGUAUUUAAUUCAUGCUUCCUCAGAUUAUGUCACAGGAUCCCUUGGAAUUAACGAAGCGAAAAUGGUGAAAUGCUUGUGUGGAUGUGUCACCAUAAUAAGAAUGUCUUCCACUCUGUCCAACACUGGAAGACCCUUCUAUGCUUUUCCUAAUAAGGGACCUCGUAAUGGAUUUAUUUGUUGGGUAGAAGAAGCAAACAGUCCUGUACGAGGUGCAUUGGAUUUGUCAGAAGAAGAUUGGGAAAAAGCCUUUAAAACAAAUGUAACAGGAUCAUGGUUGGUGUCUAAGUAUGUUUGUCGUCAUAUGAUUGCUCUUAAUCAAGGAGGAUCCAUAAUCAACAUGUCUUCUUGUGCUGGUCUUAAUCGUACUCAUGAAAAGGGAGCAGUUGCAUAUAUUUCUUCAAAAGCAGAGUUCAAUACCAUGACCAAAGUGAUGGCAAUGGAACUUGGAAAACACAAAAUAAGGGUAAACUCAAUAUGUACUGGGAUAUUUAAAUCUGAGAUUACGGAGGAACUCUUGCAAAAGAAAUGGCUCAAGAAUGUGACUUCAAAAAUUAUGCCAUUGGGAGAUUUUGGCACUACGGACCCACCUUGA